GAUAAUACCGGUAUUCAAGCAAAUGGCGGAGGAGACUCCCUGAGCAGACGACAAGCAUGGGUACGAAAAAUGGACGAUUUGAUACGAAGAAAACGACGUCAAAUAAAAAAUAUCGACCAAGGAAGGAAAAUGGAGGUACUAAGGAACCAUCGGGUAUGAAAUGGAUGUUUUCAUCAUGGAAUUUGGCCAUGGUUUUAUUAGCUCUGAUGUUCGGGGUGUUACAUGGGUGGCACAUCUCUAGUAUGUUUGAGAAUGAUAGAUUCUUCUCACAUUUAUCAGACCUGGAAAGAGAGAUGACAUUCAGAACAGAAAUGGGAUUGUAUUAUUCAUACUACAAGACGAUGGUAAAGGCCCCGAGCAUUGGAGAUGGUCUUCACUCUAUCAUGAAUGAUAAUGUAACAGAGUAUCCCAGUACUAUCAACACUUUGAAGAGAUUCAACCUGUACCCAGAGGUUGUUUUGGCUGCAGGUUUUAGAUUCUAUGAUGGGGUGACAAAACUCCUGGAUAUCAAGACUAAGGAGUGUUUCACUGUGAACAGGGGAAGAGGUCUCAGUCCUGUACUUAAUUGUGAAGGAAUGGGAGAUCCAGCGUAUUUCUAUGUGAAUUGGAUCUUCAUAGAGAACGGUUUCUUGAUGUCGCUCCUGUUCGUCUUUGCGACGUACCUCAGCGAAAGCAUCCUCGGUGGUCUAAUUACCGUCGCUACUUUCUUCUUCAACCAUGGAGAGUGUACAAGAGUGCAAUGGACACCUCCACUUCGUGAGAGCUUUGCCUACCCUAUCUUUGUACUUCAGAUGUUCCUUGUUACACAUGUUCUCAGGAUUUCAAGACCAAUGUGGUAUCACAGUGUAGCCAUUGGUGCAGGGGUAGUAGCCUUCAUGUUACCUUGGCAGUUUGCUCAGUUUGCCUUACUAACUCAGACCCUGGCUGUGUUCGCUACCUACAUGCUGGGUUUCGCUGGCUCUACAAAGGUCAGAUGCAUUCUCCAGGGGCAAAGUAUUGGUCUGUUUGUGAGUUACAUCAUGCUCUUUGGAAAUGAGAUGCUGCUGACAUCAUUCUUUGCUGCUUGUCUUCUAACUGUCUGGAUCAUUCUUUUUAUGGAACCGUUAUUGGAGAAACUACCUUUUAGGAUAAUUAUUUGGAUAUGUCAGCUAAACCUUUUGUGUGGCGGGACAUUAGUUGUUAAACUAGUCAUCUCAACUCUUCUACAAGUGGAAGAUGAUGCUCAUAUUGCUAACUUAUUUAGAUCCAAGUUUUCAGGCUACAAAGACUUCCACACUAUGCUCUACACGUGUGCAGCAGAGUUUGACUUUAUGCCAACAGAGACAGUCAUAAGCUUCCUGAAGACCUUAAUCCUACCUAGUUCAGCAAUUGCAAUACUUUUUACAAUAGUUCAUUUAUUCAGGGUAAUCGUAGAGCCAAAGAAAGAAGACGACCAUAAACAUCAAAAUGGGAGCAGUGACCAAAGGCCAUCGGAAGGAAGUCAUCCCAAAGAUACCUUAGAUUCCAGACAGCUUCCUUAUGCAGAGUUGGUCUACCAUGUAUUGCAGCUGAUGGCUUUCCUAGUUAUGGCAGUCCUUGUCAUGAGACUCAAAGUCUUCUUUUCACCUCACCUUUGUCUCUUCUCAUGUAUGCUGGCUUCGAGACAGGUAUUUAAAUUUGUGAAUUCUGAGAUGCAUCACCAGGCAGCCGUGUUCGUAUUACUGGCGAUGAUGUCCGUUCAGGGCUUCAUGAACCUACAACAUCAAUGGGGUAUACAGGGGGACUUCUCAAAUCAACCUCAGGAAGAAUUGCUGGAAUGGAUCAUGCAGAACACCCCACAAGAUGCUGUAUUUGCUGGAGCAAUGCCAACCAUGGCAUCUAUCAAAUUAUCCACAGAUAGGAGAAUCGUCAAUCAUCCACAUUAUGAAGAUGCUGGAUUGAGAGCAAGGACCAAGUUAGUAUAUGCUAUGUACAGUCGUAAACCAGCCAAGGAGGUUUACCAGGGUUACAAGUCUCUCGGAGUUCAGUACGCUAUCCUGGAGCAAUCCUGGUGCACACGCAGAUCCAAGUUGGGAUGCAGUAUGCCGGAGAUAUGGGACAUAGAGGAUCCAGCCAAUGCUAACAAGAAGCCUUUGUGCUUGAAGAUCGCAGAAAGAUCCACACCAUAUUUCUCACCAGUAUUUAGAAAUGGAGUGUAUACAGUUCUCAGAGUCUGAUGAAGGGGAUACACCUAUGGACUAUUGGAUAGUUUGUACUGAUAUACUUGAAGAACCUGGGGGGGGGGGGGUAUUUCACAAAAAGUUAAGAGAGACUUAGUCGUGCUCAAACACCGACGUUCACACGUUAUUUAACGCAUAAUCUGAUUGAGGGAUAUGCGGUAGAGCGCAUGAUCUGACAAAUGCGUUGACGCAUUAUACAUGUGUACUGUACGCUACUGACUGUUAAGUGAAACCACCCCCCCCCCCCCCUUCGCCUGGUUGUAGGAAAUGAUGAGAUGUGAGACCGUUUUGCUCAAGGAUUCAAAUGGUAUUCACACCAAUGUUUUCAACCAAAUAUUGAUGCUGCUUUCAGUGCCACCUACUAUUAGGUUUUUGCCGUCAUUGUCAUGUUGUGUUCAACCAAAUAAUGGUAUUACAGUGUUUCUUGAUUAUUCAUUCAAACUGCAAAGUGAUUUGGUCUACUAACACCUGCUUCUACUUACUUUCCAUUUGGUCUUAUUUCACAUGGUCUAAUCCUACCUUGUCUCCAGCCAGUUCAUCUACUAUUAGUCUCAUUGCUGCCAUUAAUCCCAUUUUCAAUUUUAUUUAAUUUCCAAUAUCCACUUGGACUAACUUCACUUAGUCUAUAUGGUUAAAUGGACGGUAAAUUGCCAGUUCAUCUAUUUCCAACUCGUCCACUCAGCAUAUGGUCUAGCUUCAUUUAGUCUAAUGCCAUUCCGUCCAACAUUUUAUCUAUCAACCAUUUGGUCCAAUCAUCACUUUGCGUAAUCACCAGCUCGUCUAUGACCAUUUUCUUCUCAUAAUCAGUUGGUCUAAUACCUAUUUUAUUGUCAUUAUUCUAAUUAGACCAAAUGGUAUAUGGACUAAAUGGCCAUUGGACCAACUGCUUAUUACUCAAAAUGGUGAGUGGACGAAAUGGCAAUUAGACAAUGUGGAUAGUGGACGAAUUGAAGGUAGACCAAACAAUAGCAGACGAGUUGGCAAUUGGACGAAUUGGCAUUAGACCAAAUGAAAAUAAACCAAAUGGACAGGUUGUGAACCAAAUAAAUAUUAGACAAAGACCAAACAGCAGUUAGACCAAAUGGCCCGUAUUCUGAAGUCAGGUUUAAUUUAAACUCUGGUUUUAAGUUGUGGUUUAACUAUGGAAAGCCAGUUGUUACAUAAAUCUAUAACAGUAGAGGUUCAAUGCAUUGAUCAGCUUAUUUGACUCCAAAAACAUUAUUAACCGUCUGGGAAGGAUAAGUAUGACAGUUGUCUUUACCAUUAAAUAAUUUGUGAAGAGCACAGUUACCAUGAGAAGCAUUCACUGUAAACAAAAUUUUGAAACGUUUGGCUUCCCAUAAUUUUGGCACAGAGUUAGACCGUGGUCUAAGUUAACCUGACUUCAGAAUACGGGCCAGUGGAUUUAGCCCAUGUGAUAGUUGGCUAUCUGAAAAGUACCACCAGUAGACCACGUAAAUAUCAACCAUUCAAUCAAUGUUCUAUUGAUUCAAUGUUUUUUUCAAUAAAGCAACUCCCUCUCAAAAUUUUGUCAGGAC